AGGCUUUUCCCGCAUGUUAUGAUCAGUGCGGAAGGCAAUCGCGAAGGAGGGAAAUAAACGCCGUUAGCGCGCAUGGGAGUGCGGAAUCUGCGGUAAAAGCUGGGAGACGUGCUCCUUCUACUGAAAGUGGAUUUACACUUAAAGUUACCAGAAGAUAAUUCUCCGAAAUACAGCCAUCUUCCCCAUCACGGACUCUGCAAAUAUUAUGGCAAAAAAAUACUGGUACUGUACAGUAAUACCUGUGUUUGCGCAGUGGUUAGUGCCGAAAUAUCCGCUCGUCUUGGUAUUCGACAGGUCCGAUAGCGACCCCUGUGUUGUCAUACGGUAGCGCGCGAUACCCCCGCAAGCCUCAGGCAUUUUUAGUGCAGAUUUCGGCAACGAAACAAGAGGGUCUAACGUGGCUCCCUUGACAACGGCAGCCCCCCUUCAACCACCCUCCCCGUUAAACCCUCCUUUCUCCAAUUCUGGCCCCCUCCCUCACGAAAACAACAAUCCCCCCCCAUCCCCAUCAUCAAUUCGGUCUAUUCUCUUAGCUAUCCUGCUUUCGAUCCCCCCAAUUGCCCCUGCCACGAUGUUCUGCAACUGGGCGACCGUUGCAUCAACACCGAUCCGGGGCCUGGACGGGUCCCUACACAGUGGUCAGACGAUAAAGCCGCCCGUGCCGUUUUCUGGUCCGAAAACGUUUCCCCGCUAUUCUUCCCCACAAACCUCGAAUUCAAGUUUUACUGCUCCACCCCAGGAACGCUCCUUUUACUCCUUCUUUGGCAGGAUCAAGAAAGCUACCGAGGUCACGCCCGAGCAUCUUAACGCUCUUGGAGUUUUAGUGGAAUACGAUGUUCCGGUUGAGAGGCUUCUACCCGGUGAUGGGGCCGGCUUUAUUCCAGCUGACGAUGACAAGAUAUUUUCCGAGAGAAGGAGGGAAUUGCUCAUCCCGAACGAUGACGCGGUGGAGGCUCUUGCGAGAAAGAGGAAAGAUAUCAAACUAGGUCACAUGUAUAGGUUUUAUCAAGGAGUUGACUUGGUUAGAGCAUACUAUCCCACUGAGCCCCCUUCCGAUCCCCUAACACCCAUGUCAUCAGGUGACGAGGCCGGCAAGGGCGGUAAGAGGAAGGCGGAAGAAGUUGUGGAGGGCGGGGUAGAAAAGAGGGGCAAACCGGAGGAACGGUCUGCAACCGCUGCAAAUCCUCCUAGCGAGCCCCCGAAAACGGGCGAGGAUGAGGAUGAUGGGAGGUUUGCCAUGCCCGAGAAAUUCCGGGAAGAAAUCGUGAAAAACUUUAUUGAGCCCAUCUGCUGGGGGUACGGAGUGCGGAUCUAGUAUUAAACCCUCUUAACCACAAUAUGAAGUACGAAUAAUCGGGUUACGCUUGCUAAAUACCUGGGGAAAUCAAAGUCCACCCCGAGCACUCCCGAGAGUCGCACUUCAGAGAUCCCGAUUUCUUGUGCACAUGACCAACUACAUCUAUCUUACCCCCGCCCUUCCUGCCGAGGCUCGCUCCGGCCUUGUUGAAGGACCCGUCAUGGGCGUGCAGGUUCGGCACGAAUCCGAGUUUUUGAAGAAAUUGUCGAACGAUAGCAUGGAUGUUGACGGCGAGGAAGAAGUCGGGGACGUAAUCGGCAUUACCCGCGAGGUGGCUGCCGCGCUCAGUCUCGCGCAGGAUAGAAGGAAAGGGCCAAAAGAAGGCAAGCCGGAGGGCAAGACAGAAAAGAAAGUCCGGUUUAGAGCUGUCGGGAAGGAUGAUAAAUGGCGGGAUGAUGUAUAACCCCCAAUUGCCUCCUUGCAUCAGUGAGCUCAAUCGAUAUUAUAGAUCUUCCUCUUAACCUCCCUCCAUCACCACGUCUCCAUAUCCCGCAUCUCAGUAACCCAGCCGUAUCUGCGCUUCCUUGAAACUGGCCAGAUGCCCAACCUAAAUCACGAGUACUUCCGAACAGAGGAGGGAAACGAUUGGGAUAAGCUCAAGGUUCAGAAGACGAGGUUCUGGGAUUUGUUGGAUCCAGAGGAACGGGCUGAAGCUGGAAGGAACAUUUCUGGAGUUUUGGCAUGGUUGUCGAGGAAUGAGCCUAAGAGGUAAGCUGUCAAUGUUUGUCGGCUAGGUUAGUGAACACAUAGCCAGGCUUGUCAUUGCGUUCACUUUUGGUUGGUGCGUUGGUUUGGCUUGGGAAGAGGAGGAUCCAUGCGUAUGCCGACUUGUGGAUGGGCAUGAGGAUAUGGGAAUUUGGAUGGCGAUCUUGUAG